AUUAGAUUUACAAUAUUUCUUCCUCGUAAUUUCUCUAUAAAUACCCUUCUUAGUCUAUCCUUCCAACUCGCCUUACACCGGUCUGCAAAUAUUUAUAACAAGACUCGGACUUUCUUACUCUACUCUCCCUCUUCUCUCUCUUGCUUCUUUGCUUACUCGGGGAUUCAAUUUCUUCGUUCUCCAGCUUGAGAAAUGGCCGCCCCAGUUGACACCUUCCUUUUCACCUCCGAAUCCGUGAACGAGGGACACCCCGACAAGCUUUGUGAUCAGAUCUCUGAUGCAGUGCUUGAUGCUUGCCUUGCGCAAGACCCUGAGAGCAAGGUUGCUUGUGAGACAUGCACAAAAACCAACUUGGUCAUGGUCUUUGGUGAAAUCACCACCAAGGCUAAUGUAGAUUACGAGAAGAUUGUUCGUGAGACUUGCAGAAACAUUGGAUUCGUUUCCGAUGAUGUGGGUCUUGAUGCUGAUCACUGCAAGGUCUUGGUUUACAUUGAGCAGCAAAGUCCUGACAUUGCACAAGGUGUCCACGGUCAUCUUACCAAGCGUCCUGAGGAUAUUGGUGCAGGUGACCAAGGUCAUAUGUUUGGGUAUGCCACCGAUGAGACUCCUGAGUUGAUGCCUCUCAGCCAUGUCCUUGCCACUAAGCUUGGUGCCCGCCUCACAGAGGUACGUAAGAAUGGUACCUGCCCAUGGUUGAGGCCUGACGGCAAAACCCAAGUCACUGUUGAGUACUUCAAUGAGAAUGGUGCUAUGGUUCCCAUCCGUGUUCACACCGUCCUCAUCUCAACACAGCAUGAUGAGACAGUUACCAAUGAUGAGAUUGCCGCUGACUUGAAGGAGCAUGUGAUCAAGCCCGUGAUCCCGGAGAAGUACCUUGAUGAGAAGACCAUCUUCCACCUCAACCCAUCUGGUCGUUUUGUAAUUGGUGGACCUCACGGUGAUGCUGGUCUUACUGGACGUAAGAUCAUCAUCGACACUUAUGGUGGUUGGGGUGCCCACGGUGGUGGUGCCUUUUCUGGAAAGGACCCAACCAAAGUUGACAGAAGUGGUGCUUACAUUGCCAGGCAGGCAGCCAAGAGUAUUGUUGCUAGUGGGCUUGCCCGCCGUUGCAUUGUUCAAAUUUCUUACGCCAUUGGUGUCCCUGAGCCAUUGUCAGUGUUUGUUGACACCUAUGGAACAGGAAAGAUUCCUGACAAAGAGAUCCUCAACAUUGUCAAGGAGAACUUUGAUUUCAGGCCUGGUAUGAUCGCCAUCAACCUUGACCUAUUGAAGGGUGGUAACAGGUACUUAAAGACCGCUGCCUACGGACACUUUGGUAGGGAUGACGCUGACUUCACCUGGGAGGUUGUGAAGCCCCUCAAGUGGGAGAAGCCCCAAGCUUAAGCCAUCAAAGCGGAAGAUGAGUUAAGACUAUGAUCUAUGAAUUCAUUGAUUAUAUUUUUGAUCAAUAAAGCAAGUGCCUGGAUCUCUUCCACAGGUUGGAGCUGCUCUUUAAACAAAAGCAUUAUAUAAUCCUUGCUUAGUAUUCGAUAGUAUGAUGGAUUAUACUUGUGUACUUUGUUAUCCGUUUUUUUUAUAUUUUUUGGGGGGUAAGUUGGUUAGUUGUGGAAAAACUAGAGAACGGAUGUUGGGGAGUUUUUGUUUGCAGCAUUUCAUAGUAAUGAUGUUUUAACAGAAGCAAGAAUGGGAUCAGCUGCUGAGCAGCAUCCAUAAAAUGUAAUUUGUGUUGGUUGAUAGUAAUGAAAUAUGUGCUUUUCAAAUUA